UGCAAUGCAACAUGAAGUGAAAAAAAAGUUAGUUAUUAAGGAGCACGGUAAACCUUUUUGUUAAUAGGUUAGCUAGCUAACUGCACCAAAGUCAGCAUGGAAGUUGCUUACCUUCUCUGGGUUUCCGUUAGCUUGUAUGGUGUUCACCAGGAACUUUAGGGCAGCAGCACGCCACAUUGAUUCAAACCUGGCCGGGCAGUUGUCCAGACAUUGACAGACAGUUGUGUGAAGGACUUCCAUUAGGGCUGCUGCAAUCAGGGAGAUGAGGAGUGUGCAUUAAAGAUGUUGGCGCCCAUCAGAAUGUUCAGUUUCUACCAUGACUUCAGGGAUUUCGUUGUACAAACCUUAUUUAUGUGGCUUCUUGUACAAAUACUGCUUUAAUGUGCAUUUUUACAAACAGAUCUUUUUACGUUGAAUCAAAUAUUCUUGUUGUGAACUGUAUUCCCACUAAUAGUUUUUGCACAACCUUAAGUAAAUGCUGUGUAUUUUCUUACCUCACCUUAAGAAAUCAGGUCAUUUGGUUGAAUCCAUCAUUCAGGUCUGCUAUUAUCAGUAGCAAAUAGCAGACAGCUGAAACACAGCUGCUGCAGGAACCAAGAAAAGUCGUCUUAAGGUCGUCGUAAUGACCGAUGCAGCAAGAGCUCUAAAAUUAGACCGAGGUUCUGUGGCACGUCUGGUUUGAAUUACACUUAUUGUUUCUACUUAUUACAAGUUUGCUUCUAAAAAAAAACCCUAUGAUUAAAUCAUUACAAUAUGAGGCAGCGUUUCAGUGAGACACACUGCUUGUAAUUAUUUUUGCAAAAGGGAAAACAAGUCAGCUGUGAUUUAAGAAAAUGUUGGUUCCACAAAGUGAAGUCAUCAGAGCGCUAUGUCAAAUGUUAUCGUGAUAUGUUGAAAUUCCGCGUCAGAUUUAACAGUUUAAAAGGAGUUAGAGCCACUCAGUAAAUCUGCGACCAGCACGGCCUGUCUGCGCAAGAGGUAUAUAUUUUUUUCACAUAUGUACUCCAGAAGCAUUUGUAGAACUCGGAGUUCUGGCUGGAGAAAAUAGAGCAGUGUGUUUCACUAAGCAUGAAUCUCAUGCAAAGACUAAAUUUAUUCCAUUUGGCUGAAGAGGUUUUAGGAGGCUGUGGCCUGAGGAUUGGGCCUGGGAAUAAAAAGAACUGAAAGUACUGUGGAUGAAAUGCAGCUGUCUCUGAAUCCAAAUGCAGACUGGCAACAUUGUAUAAUUGAAAUCAAAGUGAGUAUUCACGUCGGCUCCAACAGCCGACUGCAGGAAUGUGCCUGGGAAUAAAGGCGAGUCAGAGGAGAGGGAGCGUGUUGCAGUCUGGUGUAAGAUUGUUGUGGAGAAGAAUGGGGUCAGAUCCAACAGCAGCUUUAAAUGUGUCUCUACUUUCAGCCUGUGUUUGGGGAGGGGGAGGGGCAAAAGGGCAGAUGGGUUGUAUUUUUGUAAAACAUGUGCUCUCCCGCAUGUCUGACAGUGAUAAAGUGGGAAGGUCCCAGGGAGGGACUGGUGUGACUUUCAGUCAAAAGACAGUAAGGUAGGCUGUAGCUUCAGGACUGAAAAAAAAGGGACAAAAAGAACAAAGUCUGCCAUAGAAUCACCCUGAUGAGACAGGUGGACGGGACGAACAUGGGACACUUGACAAGUGAAAAGUCCUUGAACAGCCUCACAACAGAGGUGACCUUGGAAACGUUGCACAAAAUGGCAGAGGAGCUGAUGCUGUCAGGGAAGUUCAUCUUCAGAAUCCUGAAUGCCAUACUGGAAUCUGUCACAAACCUGUUGGCCACUGUUUUGGGCAGCCACGUGGUCAGGAGACAUUUCCACCUCAUGCUGUCAGCUUUGGUUCUGUUUGGGCCUGUGCUCAGUCUGUGGGUGUCAAAGUUCAGCAUCUUUGCAAACAGCCACCACUAUCUGUACAGGAAAUUUCUGAGAUCCACCAUGGGUUGGACCUGCAUCUUCACCUGUUCCUUCAUCCUCCUACUCUCCCUCUCAGCCCGACACUCCAUCUCUCUUACCCUGCGCCACCUCUCAAGGAUAGGUGCGGUGGGUUUGCUUUGGUGCGGGUGCCGCCACCUCCUGACCCUACUGGAAGAUGCUACAGGGACCUGUUAUGAACCCAUGCCUGUCACACAGGGCGACGCCCAGAGCUCUGCCACUGCAGGCGCGCCUAUGCUGCUCCUGCAUGAAGAUCAAACCAGGGCCUCCUGCCUCAGAGGCAACAUGCUGUGGAGAGGAUAUGAAGUGUCCCAGGACAUCCUCAUCCUCUGCCUGUGCUGCCUGCUUUUAUUGGAGGAACUGUCUGUCUUUGGCCUCCAUGUAGCCCAGAGAAAACCCCGGGAGGGAUCUCCAGGAGCACCCCUAAGAUUGGUCUUCCUCUUCAGUGUAUUUCUUCUUUGUGUGCUGCUGUUCCUUUUAUUAUGUAUGCUGGCAUACUUUCCAAAGCUCCCCUCCCAGCAGUUAGGGGGAGCUCUGGGCUACCUGGGCUGGAAAGGACUUUACCAGGGAUGGUACAAGUUUGCACCCAGAUGGUGUUUUGUUUGUUUGCCAAAAGAUGGACUCUCACCCUGUACAGACACUGACAAACACUAAACUUUGACAAGGAAAUGUGUUGAGAAUGAUAGCGAGUUUUAAUGCUCUGGGUAUUUCCUGUUUUUCUCAGAGUUGACAAUAACUUGAAAACAUUUCAGUAAAAAUGUGUAUUCCUGUAUAUCUUCUGUCAAAUCUAUGAACUGUUCUUUUUGUUACACACUGUUCUCAAUGCAAAAGUGUGAAAUGACAUGAAUAAAUGAGGAGGUCACGUUGA